UUCCCGCAGCGCACGCCAGACCGAGGCCCGUCCGAGAAAGCGCAGCCGAGGCCCAGCAUGCCUGUGAGGAGGAGCCGUCGAGGGUCGUCCAGUGGCCAGAGCCGGGUCCGCUCCCACACUGCCCCAGCCGAGUUGACGUUCUCCGUGAGCCACGUGGAGCGCCUCCUGCGGGAGGGCCGCUACUCGCAGCGCCUGGGCGCGUCCGCCCCGAUCUUCCUAGCGGCCGUCAUCCAGUCCCUGACGGCCAAGGUCCUGGAGCUGGCCGGCAUCGAGGCCCGGAACAGCGGCAGGAGGCUCAUCACCCCGGGUGUCGUGGACAUGGUGGUCCACAACCACCCGCUGCUCAGCGCCUUCUUCCAGUCCACCAUCAUCUCCCAGGCGGUCCCGGGCUGGAACUAGCUGUCCCACGCGACGUGGGGUCCGGCGGGCGCCAGGCCUACUCGUGGCCGGGGUGGGCCCCGGCCGGCCUGGUGCCUCAGGCAGUCACUGAAAGCCAAUAAAGUGUUUGGAGAAA